AUGUCCGCCACUCACUUUACGCCUUACUACGAAGAUGACCUCGCCUCCGCCGCACUCGACUCGUCCGUCUCCGAGGCGUACACGCGACCCGGACUCCUCGACAACCUUUGCGAAGGGUUCGUCGAUCCGUAUCGGAAUCAAACAGGGAUGUUCGGAGCGCUUUCCGCCGGACCCUCGCUCUUCGAGUUACCGGACGCGGACCUGGAUGCUCUCAUCCAUGGGCUAUGUGAUCCAUACAGCACGUCGGUCCCAUGCCAUGAUUCUCUCAUGCUAGCAGCAGACACCGCGCCGCAGCUGCAGCCCGCAUACCCAUCUCCCACCUUCGCGGAGGACAGGUCACUCUGGCACAAUGCCCUUCCUGGGCCAUGCACGUAUGGCUCGCCUAGGUCUAGUGCGGUUGACAUGUCGCAGAGUCCGGUCUUCUACUACAGCGACGAGACCGCGUAUUCGAGCCCCUUCCGCGAGCGCUCGUCGACCAUGGACCUUUUCUCCACCUUACCUCCCGACCCCUCCCCGGAGUUGUUCUUUGAUUCACCGGGCGCAGGAUCUUCAUCUGCGACCUGCCACGAUGUCCACUCGCCGACUUCUGUGACAUACCAGACUGCGCCCGGCGCGCCCUCCGCCCCCGCUGAUGAGUCGCCGAAGAAGCGAGCCAACUCGACGUCGGGCACGAGCCCCGCUCGCCGCAAACGGAUUCGAUCCAGCAGCUCUGUCGUCCCGUAUUCUCGCACGUUUCGAGUUCGCACUACGUCGCCUCGUAACAAGCAGGUCGGCUUUGUACCUUCUGCCGAGCCCGUCGCCCACGAAGAGCUGUCCGCCUGCUCGUAUUGUCCGUUCUCUACGAAGCGCAAGGGCGACCUCGUGCGACACGUGCGCACGCAUUUCGCUCUCAGUCGUGGACAGGAGUGGGUCUGCUGCGGAGUCCCAGAGGAGGAUGCACUCGAGCUCACCAGAGACAGCUACGAGUAUGGAAGCAGGAGGAUGGUCGGAGGCUGCUUGAAAUCGUUCAGCAGACACGAUUCGUAUCUCCGGCAUCUGAAAAAAGCGAGGUGCUUGAGGCCUGCGCAUCUGUAG